AUGAAUCAUCUAUCCCAUUUUCUUAAACAAAGCUAUGCAACUUAGAAGAUGUUUAAUACACCUGUCUUUAUGAGCAGUAUUUAGAUUCUUCAAAACAAAAUGAGAAACUCCACUUGGUUUAACUCUAUUUUCUCUCAUUCAUUUUUCAAGAAGCCAGUCGAAAAAGAUGUAAAGAGCUUUUCUCAAUUACAAAUUUAGCAAUUAAGCAAGCAAGGUCUUGAACUCAUCCGUAGUUCAAACUCUUCUAACUUGAACAGCGUCCUUUUAGGUGAUAUCCCUUCAUCAACUCAACUCAGCUUUAAUAGCGAAAGCUUGAAUAGCAUGUAGAACAAGCAGAAUUUAAUAAAGCUAGCGAGUAGAAAUAAUUCAACAGUAAAGCAUUUCCUAAAGCAAUAGUAAAACAGCAGCAUCAGUAGUAAUAAAUAACUCUAACAGCAAUUAUAGUAUAAUGUCAUUUCGACUAAGGAAUUCCAUGAACAAAAAAAGAACUACACAAAGAUUAAAGCUUUUGUGAAAGAAUUCGUUCUCCUGUUAAAGGUAGGUACUAUAGACACUUAUACAGAUUCUAAGUGGUUCUUCAACCUUUUAAUGAAAAAGAAAAAAACUUAAAUGACUGGCUAUGAAGUACGUUAAAGUAUGAGAAUUCGCUCUGAUUUGUUUAAAAUUAUUCCUUUCUCGUUUUUCGUUAUUGUUCCUGCUGCUGAAUUAUUGCUUCCUGUAUACUUGCUCCUCUUCCCCAACGCUAUGCCCUCUUAAUAUACAUUCGAUUACGCCUACGAUUAAUACAUCCAAUCUUUGGAAGAUAACUAAGCCUCAGCCCAUGAGUAAUUAGCAUAUAAACUAAAAAAUCACUUGAUGGAAAAGUGCAAUGUCAGUGUUGAUCAAUUCCUCCAUAGCGACACCUACAAGCUAGCUUUCUUUAAAAACUACAAAAAUUUCGAAUAAGAGAAUCUUGAUUUUAACAAAUUUUCAUCUGAUGAAUUGAUCACUGUUUGCAAAUUCCUUGGUAUGGAAAUGAUUACUGGUACUUACAUUAUUUCAAAAAUUGCUAAUAUUCUCAUCAACACUCCAAUUUGGUUUGCUAAUUUAGGCUGCAAGCUUUUGAAAAAAGAAAAGAAAUUUGGCUAUAGUAAAUUCUCAAUUGAUCUUAACUUUGGUCCAUUUGAAGUUUUAAAACGUUAACUUCUCCUUGUAUAAAUCAAACGCCAUCUUCAAUUAUUAAGACUAUAAGAUCAAGCAUUCUUCAAGAUGGGUUUCCAUGAUAUUGUUGGUCACAGAAUCACUGAUUUUGCCAGAGAAAGAGGUAUUACAACAAUUUCAUGUUACGAAACAUUGAAAGCCGUUAUAGCUAAUGAGUGGGUAAAUGUAAAUAUAAAUCGUAAAUUCAAUGAUAAUGCAAUGAUUUGGUAUGCUAUCAUGCAAUACGACUUCCUUAGAAACGCUAACAAUGAUAUGAAUUGA